AUGGCCGUCCGACCAUCACCAUCGCGGUGUCGCGCCUCCUCGCGCCAGUCACGAUCCUCGACUGCUGCCAAGGGCCGAACCAUCGACAAGGGUCCAUCUCCCAAGCCAGAUUCAUUUCGCUCCUUCGCCAGGCUCCCCGCCGAGCUCCGCCUCAAGAUCUGGGCGGCCAGCCUCCCCGGCCCUCGCCUCGUGUCCAUCCAGUGCGGCAGCAACAUCUCGUCCGUGACCAAGCCCAGCCCGAGCAUCGCCAACGCCGGAUGCACGUCGCCGGCGCCCAUCCCCGCCAGCCUGCACGCCUGCGCCGAGUCCCGCGCCGAGGCCCUCAAGACGUACCGCCCCAGCUUCGGCUUCUUCCGCGCGCCCGGCCACGUCCUGUUCAACCCGGACGUCGACAUCAUGUACUUUGGCCCCCGCGAGGGCUUCAUGGCCGCGGACUCGCAGUUCCACACCUGCAUGACGCUGUGCGAUCCCGCCGUCAACGACGCCCUGUUCUGGACGGGCCCCUCGUACAACUCCCUCACGGCCGCCAGCUUCACCCUCGAGCUGCUGAGGCAGAUUGCCAUGCGCAUGACGGGCCUGCGGGAGCUCAUUUUUGUGCCCUGGGAGGACGAGCUGGUGGUGGACGAGGCCGUCGUGCACGAGCGCAUGGCGAGGCAGAUCCAGACGGCGAUGCAGAGCGUCACACGGCUGUGUCCGUCGUGGCAGCCGCCCCCGUGGAGGAUUGUUCCCUUGAACCAGCUGCCCAGCCCGACUGGCUGA